AUGGCGGCGGCAACCACAACAGCAGGAGCGCCUGCAGGUGAAUCUACUUCGCCAGUAACCAUAGUAUGCGUUGGCAUGGCAGGCUCAGGAAAGACGACUUUCAUGCAACGAAUUAAUUCACAUCUUCAUUCCAAAGGGAAAACCCCUUACGUCCUCAACCUGGAUCCGGCAGUCCACUCCGUGCCGUUCGAAAGCAACAUCGACAUCCGCGACUCGAUCAACUAUAAGGAAGUUAUGAAACAGUACAACCUGGGUCCCAACGGAGGAAUAUUGACUUCACUUAACCUGUUUGCGACAAAAGUAGACCAGAUCAUCGGUCUCUUGGAAAAACGGACGGCACCGGUCGAUCCCGCUAAUCCCAGUGGACGGCCGAUUAAACACAUCCUGGUCGAUACCCCUGGGCAGAUCGAAGUGUUCGUGUGGAGUGCAUCCGGAAGUAUCCUGUUGGAGACUCUUGCGUCCUCGUUUCCAACUGUCAUUGCAUAUGUGAUUGACACACCUCGAACAAGCUCCACUAGUACUUUUAUGAGUAACAUGCUCUAUGCGUGCAGUAUCCUCUAUAAGACCAAGCUUCCUAUGAUACUAGUCUUUAACAAGACGGACGUACAGGAUGCAGAAUUCGCCAAGGAUUGGAUGACCGACUUUGAUGCUUUCCAGACUGCUUUACGCCAGGAGGAGGAUGCCGGUGCGUUUGGUGCGGAAGGUGGUAGCGGUGGCUUCGGUGCGGGUAGCGGCUACAUGGGAUCCUUACUCAAUAGUAUGAGCUUAAUGCUUGAGGAAUUCUACCGGCAUUUGAGCGUCGUUGCGGUGAGCUCGAUGACUGGAGAUGGCAUCGACGAGUUCUUUAGUGCCGUGGAAGAGAAGCGACAAGAGUUUGAACGUGAUUAUCGACCGGAGCUCGAGCGCAAAAAGAACGAACGUGCGGAGCAGGCUACGAAGAGACGCGAUAUCGAGCUGGGUAAGCUUAUGAAAGAUAUGGCUGUGUCGAACAGGGGUAAGGACGAAUUGGCAGAGACUGUAAGUGAGGCAGAGGAGGACCCACACGGACGCGACGACGCGAUUGGCGCCGACGAAAGCGACGGCUCCUUAGGGGAAGAGGACUCUGCUUCCGCGGAUGUCGGUCUGGCCUCACGCUAUCAGCAAGCGCUGGCAGAUACUUCUCAGACUCAGCCUUCUGAUCAAGACAUCAGUUUCAUGAGAUAUCUUCGAGCCAGUCAGCCUUAAUAAAGAGAUACUAGAUUAUUUCUUUGACCUCCUCUUUCCUGAUAAGUACCCACAUGAUCGGCCGAGGCAUAACUGCUGCAGCGCCGGGGAUCUCCAGCUAAACCCCCAUGAGUCACUAGCCAUCUCAAAAUGAUAGAAUAACCCGGCGAUCCAAAGGGGAUUUUGUCACGGUCAUAAUUCAAGAGGAACUGCGACGAUGCCAUGACAUAUCAUUGCCUGUGUGAGAUCUCGGCUGUGUUUGGUUAUGCAUUUUCAUGCAAGGCCGUUUCUUUUUCCUUGGGCUCCACUGAUCAGUUUUUCCUUUGGCGCUGUCAAUUUUUAAUGCG